AUGCGGCGCCAUCGUAAGCCGCCGCCGUCGCAUGGUGGCCAGCUGAAAGAAAAAAAGCCUCAUCAGACAUUUUCAAAAUGGUCUGAAGAAUAUGGGCCAAUAUACACUAUCAGAACUGGUGCUUCUUCUGCGGUGGUUGUCAAUUCUGCAGAAGUUGCCACAGAGGCUAUGGUUGCAAAAUAUUCAUCAAUAUCAACUCGGAAGCUAUCUAAGGCAAUUUCAGUGCUCAGUCGUGGCAAAAAGAUGGUUGCUAUGAGCGAUGAAGGUGAGUUCCACAAAAUGGUGAAGCCGCCAUAUUAUGAAACUCCUCUGAACUUCCGGGAUGUAUUCCAGAAUGAGCUAUUCGGCCUAUCUAUGACUCAGGCAAGUCUAAAUACAAGCAGUGUUCUUAUUAAUACUUUCUCCAUGUUAGGAGUGCUUCCUGUACUUUUUUGGUACUGUCAACAUGUCCCGGAUGAUCUGGUGAACAACUUAUAUAUAUUGAUAUUUGAGACUGUGCUGCAAAUUCAGGCUUUAAGCGAGGACGUAAGUUCGGUGUAUGUAGAAGAGUUUGGGAAGGCUUUCUCGAGGGAGGAAAUCUUCCAGACCGCUGUGACUGACAUGAUGAUGUGUGCAAUUGAGGUCGACUGGAGGGAUUUCUUCCCAUACCUCAGCUGGAUUCCAAAUAGGAGCUUUGAAGAAAGGGUACUGACCACGGAAGCUCGGAGAACUACAGUGAUGCAAGCCUUGAUCAAUCAGCAAAAGAAAAGAAUUGCACGUGGAGAGACUAGGAUAUCCUACCUGGACUUCCUGCUGGCAGAGAAUACACUGACUGAUGAACAAAUACUAAUGCUGGUGUGGGAGGCAGUCAUAGAAGGUGCUGAUACUACUUUGGUCAUCACCGAGUGGGCCAUCUAUGAGAUUGCGAAGCACCCAGAGAAACAGGAAUACCUCUAUCAAGAAAUCCAAAAAGUCUGUGGCAAUAAGACAGUUACCGAGGAUCACCUGCCAGAGUUACCUUACUUGAACGCAGUGUUCCAUGAGACCCUGAGGCGGCAUUCUCCAGUUCCAUUAGUGCCUCCAAGAUUUGUCCAUGAGAAUACCAAUUUGGCUGGCUACGAAGUUCCAGCCGGCACAGAGAUGAUCAUCAAUCUGUACGGAUGCAACAUGAACAAAAGUGACUGGGCCGAUCCUGAGGAAUGGAAGCCAGAGAGGUUUCUGGACGGGAGGUUUGAGGCUGCCGAUCUGUACAAGACCGUGGCCUUUGGUGCAGGAAGGAGGGCCUGUGCUGGCAGCAUGCAGGCGGUGAACAUCUCGUGCACAACCAUUGCUAGGUUUGUGCAGGAGUUUGCCUGGAGGCUCAAGGAAGGUGACGAGGACAAGGCUGACACCAUCCAGCUUACAACCAACAGGCUUUACCCAUUGCAUGUGUACCUCACACCAAGAGGAAGGAAAUGA